AUGGAAACAGCAAGAAUAUUAGCCGUAUUUCCAACACCUUCUAUUAGUCAUCAAAUUGUUUUUCGACCUUUAACCCAAGCACUAUCAAGGAGAGGACACGAAGUUACAGUUGUAACGACAGAUCCAGUUAAUUCAAAUGACCCAGAAUUAGUGAAUCUUACUGAAAUUGAUUUACACAAUAUUUCAUACAAAUCAAUGAAUAAAGAUUUAUUUGAAACAUACGGUAAGGAGGAGAGUAUGUAUUCCCAGAUAUUUAUGUUCGCAAACAAACUUACGAAUAUCUUCGAAGAACAGUUGAAGACAAAGGAAAUCCAAAUGCUACUACAGCACAGUGAAAAUUAUUACGAUCUAUUAAUUCUUGAAGCCUGUGUAAGACCAGCUUUAGUAUUCUCACACGUAUAUAAAGCACCAGUGAUACAAAUUAGUUCACUAGGAGGUAUGUUAUUUAACUAUGAAGCGUUAGGAGUACCAAUACAUCCAACAGUAUACUUCACAACACUGCGACAGAAGUUAUACAACCUUUCAAUAUGGGAUAAUCUGAUGGAAUGUAAAAUCUUUCUUCAAGUUUAUUUUGUACAUUUUAUUUGUGAACAUUUACAAAAUGCAAUGCUACGAAGUUAUUUUGGAGCUGACGUGCCUAGUAUCGCUGAAUUGAACAAUAAUAUUGAUAUGCUAUUUCUCGCAACAAAUCCAAUUUGGGCAGGAAAUACACCGGUUCCGCCUAGUGUCAUUUUUAUUGGAGGAAUACAUGAAAAUCCCUACGAAGAAUUGACUGAGGACUUAAGAUAUUUUCUAGAUAACUCGAAAAAUGGUGUUAUAUACGCCAGUUUUGGGUCUAAUGUAAAUACGAAUGAAAUCAAUGGUAAAAUUAUAAGUAUCUUAUCAAAAGUGUUUACCGAUUCAACAUUAAAUGUCGUAUGGAAAUUAGAUCAAAAUGUACUUCACAAUCAUAGUGAUACUAUAAAAAUUAUGAAAUGGGUUCCACAGAUGACUUUGUUAAGACAUCCAAAAAUCAAGGUAUUCAUAACUCAAGGAGGUUUGCAGUCAACAGACGAGGCAAUAACAGCUGGAGUGCCAUUAAUAGGUAUACCAAUUCUAGCAGAUCAAUGGUACAACACUGAACAAUAUGUCCAUUUUAAUAUCGGCGUGAAACUCAGCUAUAAUAAAAUAAACGUGAUGCAACUACGAGACAGUAUAGACAGACUUACAAUCGAUGACAGUUAUCGUAACAAUGUCGCCAGGCUGCGUCAGAAAAUACUCGAUCAGCCCCAGAAACCAUUGGAGAGAGCUAUUUGGUGGACAGAAUAUGUACUGAGAAACGGCGGACGAUAUUUACGAUCCCCUACUGCUAACAAAUCUUGGAUAAUUUUAGAGUUGGAGGUUCUAUUCUUCUUGGCUAUUUUACUACUUGUAUUAUAUGUCAUGGUAAAGAUUGUAACAAAAAUAAUGCUUAAGUUACUCCAUAAGAUGAUUUGUAAAAUUAAAGAAAAAAAGGCUUAG